AAACCACCUGUGAGAGCUAACACCUACUCCAAAGUCCAAACUAAACGAAAAAACAAAAACAUUACAGUGAAGAAGCUCUUUCUAUUCUCUUUCUUCUUCACUCUUUUGUUCCUUUCUCCUCCUUAUUCAUCGGCUUUCGAAUCCGACGAGGAGGAGCUCAGCAUUGAAGGCAGGGGUCAGCCGGCCCAUCCCGCCCAGCCUCAUGACCCGGCCACCACUCGAUCCACGACCCGAAAGGGGUUUUCGGAUUCGGAAUCGGACUCUAAGAUCAGAUUCUCCCUUGAACAGGCUUUCGGUGACUCCGAUUUUUCGCCUGCCGGUACUUUCUCCGCUCGCCUCAAGAUUUCCAGCCACGGUGACCAGACACUAACAAAGCUGUGGUUUUCAAGAAAUCAGUUUUCAGGGGCGGAGAAGGAGAAACUUGAAAAACUGCUGCAAGAUGAUGACUUCUACAGGAUAAGAUUGCCAUCCAAUGCUUUGAGCCCUCCUGGUAGGGAAUACAUUAUUUCUUCUGUGAAAGCAAGAUGUCUUCCACGGGAGGGUUUGGAUGAGCAUUUUGCCAUACACAUGGAAGGUGUCAAUAUCUUGACUGUCAAUUACGGUGCCUUUGGAGCUUUUUCAUAUCCUCAGCAAUUGAAACUUCCUGCAAAGUGGCCGUUCAACUCGCAUACAGUACUGAAGAACACUGAGCAGGCACCAAGAGCUCCUAUAUUCACUGAAGAUAUACUUGGUGGGGAGAGCAUAGGUGGUGAAGUCUUACCACCACCUGAAAGGUCUUUCUGGGCUAAAUAUUGGAUGUACCUGAUUCGUCUUGGACUAAUACUUAUGAAUGCCAUAACACAAGCCAUGAACAUGUCUGAGGAACAAGCUGCACGUCAGUCAGGCAGCCAAGGACAGCAGCCAGCACCUGCAGUCCAAGGUGGGCCAAGUUCGGCCGUGAGAAGAAGAUGAUAGGUUUUCUCACACGUACCAUUAAGAAACUACCAUUAUUUAACCCAGGAAAGAUCAGCAGAUUUUAAGAUCCGACCAAAUGGAUGGGACUAUAUAUUGACCCGAGUUGUAAAUCUCUUAGUGUUUAAUCACAUUUUUGGAACAGAAUGGAACCAUGUGAAAAAUUGAUUUCAAAACUUUCUCAAGAGCAGAGCUCUGGAAAAAUUUUGCAGAAUUUUGAGGUUUGAUGUAAUUAUGAUUCCAGGUUCAAUCGGUUUAAA